AUGUCAAUGGAUUUUAAUGCUUUGGCUCAGCAGUUCACUGAGUUCUACUACAAUCAGUUCGAUACCGAUAGAACUCAAUUGGGUAACCUAUACAGAGAUCAAUCUAUGUUAACGUUUGAAACGUCCCAAUUACAGGGUGCUAAAGAUAUUGUUGAAAAAUUGGUCUCUUUGCCCUUUCAAAAAGUCUCCCACAGAAUCACUACCCUAGAUGCUCAACCUGCUUCUCCUAAUGGCGAUGUUUUGGUAAUGAUUACUGGCGAUUUGCUAAUUGAUGAUGAGCAAAAUCCACAAAGGUUCUCUCAAGUAUUUCAUUUGAUGCUAGAAGGAAACUCAUACUAUGUCUUCAACGAUAUUUUCCGUUUAAAUUACUCAGCUUGA